AUGACAUCGACACCAUUCCCCGAGAAGAAGAGGCUUUCGCCGACGACCGCAUCUCGGUCUCGGAAGAAGCAGAGACAUUCGGCACAGUUCCCUGAGGAGCAAGUGGCGUUUGCCGACGACGACUGCAUCUCAUUGUCGAAAGAGUCAGAGACUUACAUCCUCGAAGAUGCGGAGGGCAUCGAGGGGGAGUGGCUACAAGGCCCACCAGUGGGUGGCCUGUGGGCAGCGGCUGGCAUUUCAAUGGACCAGCCUCAGAAGCUUUGUGAUGCGAACGAGUACCGAGACGUGUCUUCAAACGCACGACUCUCUCUCUGUCCGGAGAAGACAACGACGUUGCACUUCCGGACAACUGCAGCAGCUCAUUUUGCAGAAAACAGCAACUGGACAUCUUCACCGCAGUACGUCACAAGCGAAGACCUCUCGUCACCGGGUCACAUGCCGAGGAACGGCUACCGGUACACGAACUCCUUCGGCGCCGCCUCGUCAGUAAUCGAAGAGACGGGCUUCGGGCCGCCACAAUGUACGCCCGAUCCUUGCGAAUCAAAGUGCAACCGUGGCGGUGCGAUCAACCAAUAG